CUUCUCAUUCACGCUGAUCGCCUCCUUCAUACUGAAAUCGAUUCACGCUUCUGCUCUGAAAUCGAAAAUUGGUCUCAAGUGUGCUAAUCGAUUUCUCUAACAGAAGACGAUCGACUCUUCGACUGUGUGCUGAUCGAUUUCAUCAGACACGCCUCCCUCCUCAGCCAUCACGCACGAACGUAAGAGAAUGGCGCUGCCGCUACCUGUGGGCUAUGUGGUGACCAUUUCUAUGGUUUAGACUUUUGCUGUCACUACACUUCUUCUAGGUGAGUUAACAAUAUUAUAGGCAGAGAGUUCCAAUGGCUGCUUCAGAAGAGAACAGUGCACUCUUCCCGAUCUUCAUUUUAACGAUGAUUGCACUGCCACUUGUACCAUAUACAAUUAUGCAGCUUUGCCGUGCUGCCUCAAAAAAAGCAAAGAGCAUUAACUGUCAAUGUUCAGUUUGCUCCCGGUCAGGAAAAUACCGCAAAUCAAUAUUUAAAAAGAUCUCAAACUUCUCAACAUGGAGUAACUUGACAUUGGUGUUGUUAUGGGUCAUCAUGGGUGUCCUUGUGUACUAUAUCAAGAAUAUAAAUCGGGAAAUUCAAGUAUUUGAACCAUUCAGUAUUCUUGGAGUACAACCUGGAGCUUCUGACUCUGAAAUAAAGAAGGCAUAUAGGAGACUCUCUGUUCAAUACCAUCCUGAUAAAAACCCAGAUCCAGAUGCCCACAAGUAUUUUGUGGAGUCCAUUGCUAAGGCAUAUCAGGCACUUACAGAUCCAAUUUCCCGUGAAAAUUUUGAAAAGUAUGGUCACCCAGAUGGCCGGCAGGGGUUUCAAAUGGGAAUAGCUCUUCCUCAGUUUCUGCUCAACAUAGAUGGUGCAUCUGGUGGGAUACUAUUACUAUGGAUUGUUGGGGUUUGUAUUCUACUUCCGUUGGUGGUGGCUGUUGCAUAUCUAUCUAGAUCGUCAAAGUACACGGGAAAUUAUGUCAUGCAUCAAACACUAUCUGCUUACUAUUACUUCAUGAAACCCUCCUUGGCCCCGAGCAAAAUUAUGGAUGUUCUCAUUAAGGCUGCUGAGUACAUGGAGAUUCCGGUUCGUAGGACUGAUGGAGAACCCCUUCAGAAACUAUUUAUGUUGGUCAGAAGCGAGUUGAACUUGGAUCUGAAAAAUAUAAAACAAGAGCAGGCAAAGUUUUGGAAGCAGCACCCGGCACUAGUAAAGACUGAGUUGUUGAUUCAAUCUCACUUAACUCGUCAAACGGCAACCUUAACUCCAGAAUUACAGCAUGACUUCAAGCGUGUGGUGGAGCUUGCACCUCGCCUUCUUGACGAGCUGAUGAAGAUGGCAGUCAUACCACGCACGGCUCAAGGGCAUGGCUGGCUGAGGCCUGCAGUCGGAGUUGUUGAGCUUUCCCAGUGUAUCAUCCAGGCUGUUCCUCUUAGUGCAAGGAAAGCUACCGGAGGAUAUGCAGAAGGUAUUGCACCUUUUCUGCAGCUUCCUCAUUUUAACGAGGCCGUGAUGAAAAAGAUAGCCCGCAAGAAGGUGAGAACCCUUCAGGAGCUCCGCGACAUGCCAAUUGAGGACCGCGCCGAGUUGCUUUCUCAAGCUGCUGGUUUCUCCGAGUCACAAGUUCAAGAUGUAGAGUCGGUACUCGACAUGAUGCCUUCCAUAACGGUUGAAGUCAGUUGUGGGACUGAAGGUGAAGAGGGUAUACAAGAAGGUGACAUAGUCACGGUUCAAGCCUGGGUGGGCCUGCAACGAAGCAACGGCUUGGUCCGUGCUCUUCCCCACGCCCCAUUCUACCCUUUCCACAAGGAAGAAAACUGCUGGUUCCUUCUUGCGGACCAGAACUCAAACAACGUCUGGUUUUCCCAAAAAGUAAGCUUCAUGGACGAAGCAUCCGCUGUCACCGCGGCUUCGAAAGCCAUCGAGGAAACAAUGGAAGGGUCAGGGGCAAACGCGAAGGAAACCAGUAAAGCGGUAAGAGAAGCGGUGGAGAAAGUGAAGAGCGGCUCGCGGCUCGUGAUGGGGAAGUUCCAAGCCCCAGCUGAAGGGAACUACAAUUUGAGUUGUUAUUUGCUGUGUGAUUCUUGGUUGGGUUGUGACAAGAAGAGCGGGGUGAAGGUGAAAGUGGUGAAACGGACUCGGGCAGGAACCCGUGGGGGGUUCACGGAGGAAGGACCGGUGGUGGAAGAUGGAGCCGAAGAGGAGGAGGAGAUUGAAGAGGAGGAAUACGAUGAGGAUUACGAGAGCGAGUACAGUGAAGAUGAAGAAGAUAAUAAUACCAAAAGAGAGAGCCGUGCGAAUGGCAAAGCACCUGCACCUGCACCUGCACCUGCAUCUGCGUCAAGUUCGGGUUCCGGGUCGGAUGAUGAAUGAGGAGGAGAAUACUUGACGUCUUUUAGGUAGGAUUAUUUUCAAAUUUUGGUUUGUAAACUAGGGUUUUUUAGACCCAAAAUAACAGUUUGGUUCUUACAGAUUGCAUUUUUCAAAGAAAAAUCCUACUCAACCCAUCACUUAAAUCAUUCAAUAAUUGGGUUUUUUGGGAU